AUGGGCUCAGUGAAGUCGGGGCGAGUUGACGAAACUGGCUACCAAAUUAAGAAACGACAGCCAUGGAGACCCACUGGGACUCUUGAUGGCCGCAAUCACUUCUAUGUUACCAAAAAAACCUCAAUUUCCUCCACGAUGAAGCGCGUUGAGGAAAUCUUGCACAAUAAAGAGAAUGAGAUUUAUAUUCAUGGAUUGGGUUCAUCUCUAAAUCGGGCAAUGGUACUUGCACUUGAAGUCCAGAAAAAUUUUACUGACUCUAUAUCUCUCAACAUAACGACCUCUACAGUCAACGUUACUGACGACCUAUUUCCAUUGAGUGACGAGUUCGAGAUGGGUAUACGUAACAGACCUCUAUCCGCUAUACAAAUCCACAUUUGCCGUGUGAAUGUUUGA